GACCGAUUCUCGUCCUGCUCCUCCAUUGUCACUAACCAAACAGUUCCCCAGGAUCGCCCUUGGGUAUUUUAAUUUUUCCCUCUGUCCACAUUCCACGCCCACUCCGUGUCCCUCCAUCAAACACUAUCUGAAACUUAUCAAUUCGACUCGCCAAAAUGAGAGAAGUUAUUUCUUUGAACGUUGGUCAGGCUGGUUGCCAGAUCGCCAACUCCUGCUGGGAGCUCUACUGCCUUGAGCACGGUAUCCAGGCCGAUGGUUACUUGACCGAGGAGCGCAAGAAGGAUGACCCUGACCAUGGUUUCAGCACCUUCUUCUCCGAGACUGGUCAGGGCAAGUACGUUCCUCGCACCAUCUACUGCGACCUUGAGCCCAAUGUUGUCGAUGAGGUCCGCACCGGUACCUACCGCAGUCUUUUCCACCCCGAGAACAUGAUCACUGGCAAGGAGGAUGCCUCGAACAACUAUGCCCGUGGUCACUACACCGUCGGCAAGGAGAUGAUCGACCAGGUCCUCGACAAGGUCCGCCGUGUUGCCGACAACUGCGCUGGUCUCCAGGGUUUCCUGGUUUUCCACUCCUUCGGUGGUGGUACCGGUUCCGGUUUUGGUGCUCUCCUGAUGGAGCGUCUGUCCGUUGACUACGGCAAGAAGUCCAAGCUGGAAUUCUGCGUCUACCCUGCUCCUCAGAACGCCACCUCCGUUGUUGAGCCCUACAACUCUAUCCUCACUACCCACACCACCCUUGAGCACUCCGACUGCAGUUUCAUGGUUGACAACGAGGCCAUCUACGACAUCUGCCGCCGCAACCUCGGUAUUGAACGCCCCAGCUACGAGAACCUCAACCGCCUGAUUGCCCAGGUUGUCUCUUCCAUCACCGCUUCUCUCCGUUUCGACGGUUCCCUCAACGUCGAUCUCAACGAGUUCCAGACCAACCUGGUCCCCUACCCCCGUAUCCACUUCCCUCUGGUGGCCUACGCCCCCGUCAUCUCCGCGGACAAGGCUUCCCACGAGUCCAACUCCGUCAGCGAGAUCACCAUGAGCUGCUUUGAGCCCAACAACCAGAUGGUUAAGUGUGAUCCCCGCAACGGCAAGUACAUGGCCACUUGCCUGCUGUACCGUGGUGAUGUCGUCCCCAAGGAGACCCACGCUGCCGUCGCCACGCUCAAGACCAAGCGCACCAUCCAGUUCGUCGACUGGUGCCCUACUGGUUUCAAGAUCGGUAUCUGCUACCAGCCUCCCCAGCAGGUCCCCAACGGCGACCUUGCCAACCUCAAGCGCGCUGUCUGCAUGCUGUCCAACACCACCGCCAUCUCCGAGGCCUGGUCCGCUCUCGACCACAAGUUCGACCUCAUGUACUCCAAGCGUGCUUUCGUCCACUGGUACGUUGGUGAGGGUAUGGAGGAGGGUGAAUUCUCCGAGGCCCGUGAGGACCUGGCUGCCCUCGAGCGCGAUUACGAGGAGGUUGCCAGCGACUCCCUGGAGGAGGAGGUUGAGGCCGAGUACUAGAUCUGACCGAAUUUUGGGCGGGAGUCCCGCGGGGGGUCCGGCCGGGCCGUCCGGGUGGAAGCCGUGGCUGGCCCUGAAGCAAUGUGAAUUGAUCCGUUGGGGCAAGGCGUUGGCCAAGGUUGUAUACCCAAAUGAGCAGCGGGACUCUGGCUGCAUGCAAAUAGGAAGGAGAAGCUUGGCUCCGUAGUACAGACUAUGUUUUCUUUUUGUCUGAGUAUAUUUUCUAAUAUCCCUUGAAGCAGCGCUGAAAUUUACUCGCUCGUUCGAAACACAUGUGCAGGAUUUUUGGGCACCUAAGAGAAUUGUAAUCUACAUUUUGCAAGUUUCGAGCGAAUUGAUGAUGAUCCCUGUAGUGGUAAAAUGAGAAGAAAAUGACGAUGAGCGAG